GGCUGGCACCGCCCCCCCAGGGUUGCCAUAGCGACGGGAUGCGGACGGGCGGGAGGAGGAAGAGGAGGAGGCGGCGUCAGCAGGCCGGAGGAGGAAGCCCCGUCGGUGAAGGAGGAUCCACCCUCCCCAUGGCAUUUGCACCUCCCAAAAUCCCGGAUGGCUCCAAGCUCCGGCUGAGCUCGUGGACUCCCCUGAACCACCAGCUCAUGAACGACAAGGUAUUUGAAGAAAGAAGAGCCCUGCUUGGAAAAUGGUUUGACAAGUGGACAGAUGGCCAGAGGAGGAGGAUCCUGGUGGACCUGCUGGAACGCUGCUCCCUGUCCCAGCAGAAAUUCUGUGCCAAGCAGCUCCAGGCCCGAGUCCCCACCGAGGCCGUCGAUUUUACCACGAAGCUCCCUCGAGUCCUGUCCUUGUACAUCUUUUCUUUCCUGGAUCCACGGAGCCUCUGCCGAUGUGCACAGGUGAGCUGGCACUGGAAGUACCUGUCGGAGCUGGACCAGCUGUGGAUGCUGAAGUGCCUGCGUUUCGGGUGGCUCCUCAACUUCUGCCCCACGCCCUUCGAGCAGGGCGUCUGGAAGAAACACUACAUCGAGAUGGUGAGGGAGCUGCGCCUCACCAGGCCCAAGACACCUUCCAAGGACGAGUUCAUCGUUAUCGAUGUGCAACCCGUAAAAAGCAACGUCCCAGAGAAGAAACUUUCUGUGGCAGGGCUGGGGACAAGCAGGGGGAAAAAAGAGCUCCCUCCUUGGCGUUCAUCCGACAGGAACCCCACGGACACCAUCCGCUACAACUACCUGGACAACUACGACCCCAUCGAGCAGGCCAGGCAGGCGAGGAGGAAGGGAGGAGGUCACACCCCCGACCUGAGCAGGCAGGCGGCCGAGAGGAAGAAGAGAGGCGCUCGUGGAUCCGCUCAGCUCCGGAAGGUGAAAUCCCUGUUAUCCCUCUCAGCAGAUCCCGAGCCUGUCCCAAAGCCUCCGCUCCAUCCCAGCUGGGCCAGGCCGGACCGGAGCGGGGCCCCGCCGGCCAAGGCUCUGGCCCAGAGCUCCCGCUGGAACGCCGGCAUCCGCCCGGGACCCGUCCGAGCGCCACCACCGCGGCACGGAGGAGCUGCAGAUGCCACCGGGGGGGACACCAGGUCCCCGUCACCUCCUCUGUUUGAGGCUCAGCCCUGGCACAUUCCUUCAUCCAACCAAGGAUCCGACACGGAGUGAGGGAGGAUCCACAUCAUCCUUCAUCCAAGCAGAACACAAAUUUAUCCCCCUGGCACAGGGAAACGACGGGAAAGUUCCUGCUGGCUUUGGGAUCUGAACCUGUCUUCCCGUAGCUGGUGCUACAUUCCCUUUUCCUUCUGGGCACACCCGGAAUAUUGACCUUGGAGAAGCUUCCUUAGAUCCCUGCCAGAGCUGCUGGACCUCAUGGGAGGUUUCUUGUGGAUCAUUUGGACAUCCUGGGGCACAUUCCAUGGAAAACCUGAAACCUGGAGACAGAAUUCCUUUCUCACGUCAAAGCAAUUCCGUCUUUUCUGUUGUGACAGCAAGAAGGAAAUCAAAUCCAACACUCUGGAUUUGCACACGGAUCCACGAGGAGCUGGAAUUUAGGAAAUUGGGAAUCCCAUGCUCUCUCUCGUUGGUCUUCUCUGCAAUUUGGGAAAUUCCCAGAAAAUGCAACAAAGAGCAGUUUUUGAGGAUAAGGGGAUUGAAAGCACUGUGACCUGAAUUUACCCCAGAGAGCUGGGACAAAACUGAGCCUUUCCACACAUCAGGAAAAAUCAUGGCAAGCACACAAAUCCGCAGCAUUUAUGGACAAAAAUCACAUUUGAGAGGAAAUUCCAACACCGAUCACGGAGCCACAGGACUAUUAAGGCUGGAAAAGACCUUUUAGAUCCCCCAAUCCCUGCCCAUUUCCUCAAACCAUGCCCACAGGUUGCCGCAUCCACAGGUUUUCCAGACGCUCCCAGGAGUGGGGAUUCCAUUCAGUGGAAUGAAGAUUCCAUUCUUUCCAUGAAGAAAUUGUUCCUAAUAUCCAACCCGAUCCUCCCCUGGUGCAACUCGAGGACGUUUCAAGGUGGAUUAGGAGGAAACUUCCGCUCUGUGAGCAGAUUAAUCUGUGUCACCUGAGGGUUUCAUGGAUUUUGGGAACACCGCGGCAUUCCACGGACUGAGAACAUCCAAAUAACUGAUUUGACAACUCAGUGCAGUUGCCUCUCCUAGAUUUGGGGUUUUUUUCUGGUUUUUCUGGGUUCUUGGAAGGAUGAGUUCAUCCCAACCAACAUGAAGGCCUAAAACUUGACAAAUCUGAGCUGCCACCUCCCAAAAAAAUCAGCCAGGAACUUGCAGAUGGGAAUAAUCUCCUGUAUCUUCAGAUCUGUUAAUUAUGCAGGAGAACAGACUGACGGAUUUUGAAGAAAGCGAAACUUUGAGGAUUUGAAGUGAGGUGGAACAAACCAAAACAUUCACCAGCAUCAAUCCCUGGAAUUGCAAAUCUCUCCUCACCAGCCUUUUCAAAACUUUUUUCCUCCCAAAAUUCCCUAAACCGGGGCAGUAGGAAACCAAGUUAAACCAAUCACUCCACAGGUGCUUCCUUGGCUUCCUAAACCCAAGAUUUUUUAUUUUUAUUUCCAUUAGGCAGCAGCCGAGGGUCAGAUCCACUUUCCAAGCAUGGAAAUUAUGUCAACAGUUUAUCUUUUCCCAUCAAUAUUCCCUGGAAUUGUGCAAUUCCCAGGAUCUGAGCGGCCUCGGACAGGUUUUGUGCCUUUACUGCUUCAAAAGUGCUCGUUGCACAUUUUAAAGCUUAAACCUCUGAUUUAUAUUUUUAAAAUUUAUUUUAUGUUUUAAAAAGUUGUAAAUCAGAGAAGGUUUAAGCUUUAAAAUGAUGCUAUAAAAUAAUAAACAGAACUGUCCAGGAGCGUGUUGAGCCAAGUCAAUUAUCCUUGGAAUAGCAGCAGACCUACAGAAAUUAAUCAGAAUAAAAUCAGAUGUACUUACGCUGU